AAAUGAUGAAAAACUAGUCUCAAGUCUCAACCUUCUUAUGCUUUCACUUUUCACCAAUAUCCAUUUUUCUUCACUUAACCCUUCAAAAUAGUUGCAUCUUCAAGAUGAAAUGGGAAAAAAAAAAACAGAAGAAAACCAGGACCAACCCCAUUUGUUAUUGAUUGAAGAAAGUGCAUAAUUGCAUAUAGCAGCAUGUGGAAGGAGUAAAUGCAUUAAAUUUCAGGUUUCAGGUAUCAUCUUAAUGGCAAAUUAAGAUUUAAGGACAAGUUCUGAUUUUCCAUUGGAUUCUUUUCUUCAUAUAUGCUAGUUGUUUUGUUCCUCCUUGAAGCCACUUGAAGACAGAAUUUUUGUCAAUGGGGUCCUUCCAAGACUUGGUUCUUGUGCUGUUAUGUUCUGUUUGGUGUGUCUUUCAUGCUGUUAAUUGCAAUGCUCAGUUACAAUCUUCUCAAACACUUGUGCUUCUUCAACUGAAAAAGCACUUAGAAUAUCCAAAGCCAUUGGAUAUUUGGAAAGAUCGUUGGACAAAUCUUUGUUCUUCAACACAACAAGUGAAUGUUUCAUGCAAUGAGAACUUUGUCACUGAACUCCUGAUUAUUGGUGACAAGACACAGAGCAAAUUUAGAGAAGAACAUGAAGGAUUUGAUGGUUAUGCAAUUCAAGAUCAAACACUUUCACAAGGGUUUUCAAUGGAUUCUUUUGUUGCUACUUUGGCAAGGUUAACUAACCUUAGAGUUCUGAAGCUUGUUUCUUUGGGAAUUUGGGGUCCAUUACCUGAUAGGAUUCAUAGGCUUUAUGAUCUUCAACACUUGGAUUUGAGUUCCAAUUUUCUCUACGGAUCAAUCCCUCCAAAGAUUUCAACCAUGGUGAAUCUCCAAACUCUUAAUUUGGGUGAUAACUUCUUCAAUGGUACUAUUCCAACCUUGUUCUUCAACUCAUCAAGUAAUUUAUCAUAUCUUAGUUUGAAGAACAACAAGUUGAAGGGUCAUUUUCCAAAUUCAAUUCUUGGCAUCAACACCCUUAAUGAGAUUGAUAUUUCAAACAACAAUAUUUCUGGUGGAUUGCAAGAUUUCAAUGGUUUGAGCAACUUGGAACACUUGGAUUUGAGUUGGAACAACUUGGAUUCAACACUUCCUCCAAUGCCAAAAGGAUUGAAGAAUCUUUUCCUAAGCAGGAACUCAUUCUCAGGUGAAAUUCCAAAGCAAUAUGGUAAACUAAGUAUGCUUCAAAUGCUUGAUGUUUCAAAUAACAACCUAAGAUGUAGCAUUCAGCUUCGAUUCGUCGACAUUUCGAAUAACAGGCUAAUGGGGGGCUUGCCUGAUUGUUUAAUCCGAACCGGACCCGAAAAUGAUGGAGUUGUUAAGAGUGAUGGAAAUUGUUUGUCUGGGAAGAAUUUUCAGCAUCAACAUGCAUUGUCAUAUUGCAAAGAAGAAAUUCCUCAAUUGAAGAAGGAAUCGCAUAAAGUUGGAGCAUUAUUUGUUGUUGGUGUCAUUGUUGGAAUUCUUGUUAUGGUUAUGGUUUUUGUUCUGUGCAUUGUUCUAGUUUGUAAAAGGUAUUAUUCAAAAGGGGUAUCAGAACAGCACCUAUUGCAUAAAUCAGUUCAAGAUAGCUACUCAGCAAGUUUGUCAUCUGAAAUUGUGACAAAUGCAAGGUAUGUUUCUGAAGCUGCAAAGUUUGGCAGAGAAGACCUUCCCUUGUGUAGGUCAUAUUCCUUGGAAGAGUUGAAGGAAGCAACAAAUAACUUUGACAACCCUAAUUUUAUGGGUGAAAAUUUAUAUGGGAAGCUUUACAGAGGAAAACUAGAGAGUGGAAUGCAAGUUGUGAUAAGGUGUUUGCCCUUGUCAAAAAAAUACACAAUUAGGAACUUCAAACUAAGGUUGGAUUUGCUAGCAAAGCUUCGUCACCCUCAUUUAGUGUCUCUAUUGGGACAUUGCAUUGAUGGUGUUAUUGGAGAUCAAAGUGACACAAAUGUCUUCCUUGUUUAUGAAUUUGUCUCAAAUGGAAGCUUUCAGACCUAUCUCUCAGAAGAUAGUGGUGGGAAGGUUUACAAUUGGUCAGAGAGAUUAUCAGUGCUAAUUAGUAUUGCCAAGGCUAUUCACUUCUUACACACUGGAAUGAUACCUGGCUUCUUUAAGAACAGACUUAAGACCAAUAAUAUAUUGAUUAAUGAGCACUGGAUGGCAAAGUUGAGUGACUAUGGAUUGUCCAUUAUAUCUGAAGAAACUGAUGCUUGUGGGGUAAAUGGAGAAAGUCCUGAUUCAAUGCAAAUGAAAAGGUUAGAGGAUGAUGUCUAUAGCUUUGGAUUCAUAAUACUUGAGGCACUUGUUGGACCUUCACUAUCUGCUAAAAGAGAAGCACUUAUGCUCCAUGAAAGGGGAUCAUUCAAUAGUCAAGAUGGGUGGAAACAGAUUGUGGAUCCAAUAGUGAUGUCAACUUGUUCUAAAGAAUCUCUAUCCAUUGUGAUAUCUAUAUCCAACAAAUGCAUUUCUCCUGAGUCAUGGAGCAGACCAUCCAUUGAAGAUGUCCUUUGGAACUUGCAAUAUGCUUCUCAAGUUCAGGCAACUGCUGAUGGGGUUUAGGGAUCAAAGGUAGUUUGUUUUCAGAAAUUGGGAUUGAAAUUCGAUAUUGUAUUUGGUAGUUUUGGAACACAAAAUUUUAGUGUGAAUACAGGAGAAUGAAAUUUUUUAAAA